AUGGCCGGCGACAAGGACAAGAAGAAGAAGCGGUCGUCGAAGAAGGGCUCCAAGGACCGGGCCAAGUCGCGCGCCAAGCCGCUCGACGCCGAGGCCUUCGACCGCGCCGCGACGACGCUCAACGACGCGACGGCCAAGCUGAUGCGCGCCGCCGAGCGGCACGCGCUGGGCGACGUCAACCACGACGGGGCGCCGCCCGACGACCGCGCGCGCUGGUACGAGGAGGGCCGGCGCGCGGGCCGCGACGAGGCGAUCCUGCACGACGCGCCGCCCGACGCGGGCUCGCUGCUCGCGGCGCAGCUGCGGCCGCGCCACGGCGCCGACGACGAGCUCCGGCGCGCGCGGCGCCGCGCGGCCGAGCGCGCGCGCGUGCGGCGCUCGCGGUCGCCGGCGCCGCCGCCGGCCUACGACGCCGUCGCGCGGCCGCCCCGCGCGGCGCGCGACGCGCCGCCGCCGCCGCCGGCCGCGGCGUUCGGCGCCGCGGCGCCCCUCUUCACGCACUUCUCGGAGACGUGCGGCGCGCCGCUCACCGCCGAGGGCGCCGACGCCGCCGCCGCGCGGGGCCACGAGGUCGUCGAGCUCGAGAAGGCCUACCGGAGCCGCCUCGACGCGCUCCGGCAGCUCCUCGUGGCGAAGCUGCUCCCGCGGCGCGACCGCCUCGCGGCGGCGGCGCGCUGGGUGCGCGACCGCGCCGAGGCCUUCGACCGCGCGUUCGACCGGCUGGACGCCGAGGCGCGGCGCGACGCCGACGCGCUGCUCGGGCGGCUGCGCGACGCGCACCAGGCCCGGAGCGCGGAGCUCGGCCGCGCCGCCGAGCAGCUCGCGCAGGACGUGGCCGACGUCGACCGCCUCGCGCUCGAGGCGUCCAACGCCGAGGCCGACGCCGCCGCGGAGAAGGCGCCCGCGUCCAAGGUCGGCUUCGUGCACCGCUUCGCGGAGCUCUGCCACGAGGUCGAGGAGGUCGCCGGCCUCGAGCUGCCGCGGCUCCCCGACGCGGACCCGGACGCGGCGCUGCCGCGCGAGCUCCAGGAGCGCCUCGCCGCGCUGGCGAACGCGGAGGGGUGGCGCGAGGCCCUCGACGUCAAGGACGAGAUGCUCUGGGAGCUCGCGGACCGCCUCGCGGCCGCCGACGCGGCCCUCGCGAAGGAGAAGACCCUGACGGAGGACUACGCCGGCGAGGUGGCCCACUGGGUCGACCUCGCGAAGGACCUGCGCGGCCAGCUCGACGCCGCGCGCGCGCGCGCGGACGCGGCGGGCGACGAGCGGCGGCGCCUGCGCACGCUCGAGCGCGAGGCCGAGCUGCGCGCGGACGAGCUGGCGGCCGCGCGCGCCGAGGCCGGGGACCUGCGCGAGGAGCUCCGGCGCCUGCGCGCCGACGCCGCGGCCGCGGCCGGCGGCGGCGACGCCUAG